AUGUCGUCCAAUCAAAAUGUCCCCCAGCUUGGCUUCUGGGAAAAAGCAGAUAUCCCAUUCCUACAUCUAUCAAUGUACGCUAGCACAGUGUAUGCUGCCAUUACUGGUGUUUUCCGGGGUAAAGACAGCCCCAAACGCUACGAUCACCACAUCCUGGCCGCUGUGAUUCGGAGACUCUCUGAUCGAAGGUCGGAUCGGCAGACACAGUACCUCUUCCCCCCAACUUCAGCAUCCUACGAAACCAUCAUGAAGAAGCGUGGUCUUCAACCCGAUACCGUCACACUCCCACACAAUACAGAGGGCCACUGGAUCGGAAACAAGAACGCCAAGAACGUGAUCGUAUAUUACCAUGGCGGCGGUUUCGCCAUGCCCGCUAUCCCAGCCUACUUCGAGUUCUGGCACGAGAUGCUAAAAGCCCUAAACGAAACCGGCCACGAUCUAGCCGUCUUCUUCCUACGGUACACGCUAACCCCACACGCAAAAUACCCAACGCAGCUCCGCCAAGCCGUCGAAGCCCUGCGCUACAUCAUCAACGAGACGGGCCGCUCACCGGCUAACGUGAUUGUCGGCGGAGACUCCGCAGGCGGGAACCUCACUGCAGCGACGCUGCUGCAUGUAUCUCACCCGCACGCGGAGAUCGAGCCGCUGACACUGUCGGCGCCGUUAGCGGGCGUCUUUACGUAUGCACCCUGGAUCAACUUUAGUACGGAGUGGCCGUCGAUGAAGGAUAAUCUGUGGAAGGAUAUUCUCACGCCGGCGGUUUUGACGAGGUGGUCUGAUGCUUACCGCGGGGAUAGACCGGCAGAUAAUUGGAAUGAGCCGUUUAAUGCGCCGGCUGAGUGGUGGAGGGAUGCUAAGACGGAGAGGAUUUUGGUUCUUGCUGGUGGGGAUGAGAUUUUGCUUUCGCCUAUUCAGGAGUUUGUGAAAAAGAUUAAGUCGGUUUUUGGGGAUAUUACUUUUGUUGUUGGGGCUGAUGAGGUGCAUAAUGCGCCGUUUUAUACUAUGGUUAAGGAGGAGACUCAGACUCGGUCGGAGUUGCGAGGGUGGUUGGCUGCUCGGCUGUGA